AUGUCACAGCCAAAGGGCCAGCAGGAAGAGUUCGUGGAAACCAUUGAGCCCGAGGAGCCACGGGCUAUGCCUCCUAAUAAUGGCGCAGGAAGAGGAAAUAAGCCCAAAGGGGAUCAGGCUUUGCAGCUCAUAGAAGAGGCAGGGCACUCAAACAUUCUGACCCCGGAGAACAACGCCAAAGUUCUUCGAAAGAUCGAUUUGCGUCUGCUUCCCAUUCUUCUCGGAAUCUACUUCCUCCAGCAACUCGACAAGUCGACCAUCUCGUACGCCUCAGUCUUUGGAAUCGUCGAGAAAGCCAAUCUCCAUGGCCAACAGUACUCCUGGCUAGGGGGUUCGAUCUAUCUGGCUCAGCUGGUAUUCCAGCCCCUGGUCGCCUACCUUCUGGUUAAAGUGCCCCUGGCAAAGUUUCUCGCUGCGUCCUGCCUCUUAUGGGGUAUUGCUUUAACGUGCAUGACUGCAGCUACAAACUUCGGUGAACUUCUUGCUUGCCGACUCUUUCUUGGUAUCUUUGAGGCUGGGAUCGCACCGGCCUUCAUUGCGGUCACUCAAAUGUGGUACCGGCGUCGUGAGCAGCCUGUAAGGCUAAGCUCUUGGUAUGCGAUGAACGGAGUCGUGAAUAUGUUUGGAAGCCUGAUUGCCUUUGGACUCGGCCACAUCAAGUCCUCUAUAUUUGCACCCUACCAGAUCAUCUUCCUGUUCUUUGGUCUAGUUACUGUUGGGUUCUCUGCCGUUAUUCUUAUUUUCAUGCCCGAUUCCCCCGUGUCAGCCAAGUUCCUUGGAGAGGAGGACAAACUACUAUCCAUUGAAAGACAGCGAAUGAACCAGCAGGGUGUCGAGAGCCACGAGUGGAAAUGGGAGCACACAAAAGAAGCAUUCCUUGACCCCAAAUCAUGGUUCUGGUUUGCGUUAAUGUUCUCGAUUUCUGUUCCAAGUGGAGGUAUUACUACUUUUGGGCCACUGAUUAUCAAGUCCUUUGGCCUCAGUGAAUAUGAUACCAUGCUUUUCAACAUUCCAUUUGGUGCAGUUCAGCUUGUCGCCACAAUGGGAGGUUGUGUGAUGCUGCUGGAGAUUGCCCACGAUAAUGCCCACAAGGGGCCUCUACUUGCAGGAUACUAUAUUAUCUCUGUGUACCCAGCCAUUACACCGUUGAUAUACUCUUGGUCUGCAGCAAAUACAGCCGGAGAGACAAAAAAGAAGGUUACUACCGCUAUCCUGUAUGUCGGGCAGUGCGCUGGUAAUGUAUGUAGCACUCUACGCCCCCACAUCGGGCUUCCUCCUGACAUUCUUCCCACCCAGGUUCUUGGUCCCAACCUUUAUACCACAAAUGAAGCACCACUUUACCGUCGUGGCCUGCUUUCAAACCUUGCGAUGUUUUGUGUCUUGAUAGGUUUGACCGGGGCAAACAUCGCGUAUAUGUACUUCCUGAACAAGAAGCACGAGAAGAAACGUGUGGCUCUCGGGAAGGACGCUAAGAUUGUAGACCAGUCCAUGCAAACCAUUCAAGCUGUCUCUGGUGAUGCUAAAGAAGACCUGCCUCAACAAGCAGCAGAUGACAAUUCCUGGAAGGAUCUGACUGACUUGCAGAACGAGGACUUUGUCUAUGUCUUCUAA